AUGGUCUACUUCCCGCUAUAUAGAUUAUAUAUUUCUUACUGUUUAAUAGUAAUAAAAUCUAAUUUUCGCACAUAUGCAGCUCUCCCUAAAAUCUCAAAAUCAUCAACAAUUCAUCUGGGAAAAUUAGACUCUAAGGUAGAGGCUUGUUUCAAUGUUACCGGAAUUCCUAAGCCUUUGCUGAAAAUUUCUAAUCAAGACAACAACAUCGUUACGACUUCUGCUAAUAGAAAAGAAAAGUACUGCGUCUUCUUCGAUCUUCAAGAAGUCAAUGCCGAAAACAUUACUGUGACAGCAGAAAACUGUUUUGGAAAUUUAUCUAUUACCAUAGAUAUACCAAAGUUUCAAAACAUUACAGACGCUCUAAAUACUGAAACAUCCAAAUCAUACAAUCCAACUGUUAGUACUUCAACUGACCCCAGUACUCGUAAAUCGUCGUCACAAUCAACUGCUGUUUCUCCACACUUUACCGGUGCAUCGACAAAAAGCACUGCAGAAGACAAAGGCAAUAAGACUACAACAGGGUUUCCAACUUGGGCAUAUGCAAUUAUUUCCAUUCUUAUCAUUGCAACGCUAAUACUGUUUGCCAUUUUUAUCAUAAUCUAUGUUAGAAAAAGACGACAAUCAAAAGCAGCUAGCCAAGAACCAAAGGACGAUGUCUUGGUGGAAUCAGAACCAACUGUACAUGCAAUGUCAAUGAAACAGAGAGCUGUGGUAUCACCCUUCAUUAAUGAGUCUGCAACUGUGACAGCAGAUGAGCAGCUAUCGGUGGUCCUAGGAAACAAGCAUACCUUGGACUCUUCGCCAACCGACAAAACAGAAUGUCCUCUUUACUCGAAUGUAUCUGAAGCUGAGACCAGCGCGGCCUCUCGGGGCGUCAAGCCUGAUGAGCCUGAUUCACUUGCCGAGACAGAUGGACAAGCAACGUAUGCCACACCAUAUACGAAGACUACAAAGGCAAAUUCACAUCUCGAAGCCGAGGAUGACAAUACGUUAACAGUUACGCAUAAACCGAGCGAAGGAGUCUACGACGUGCUAGCUCCUAACAAUACUCAUUCAACUGCUUGUUCUCCAAAUACCAACCACCACGACGGCGCAGCAGUGUCGUCGAGUUUGGAGUAUGCUGAGUUGCAGUUCGGAAACAACCCGGUGGGCCCUGUAAAUCCGUCUUCUGUUACUGUCACGUAUGCUAGCAUAAACACUGAUCUGUGAAAGUUGGCCUUGGAUAAGACAUUUGGCUAGCUAGACUUUUGAGACUGUUCUUACACAAUUAUGCAAAAUUUGCGUAAUUUUGAAAAGUAAGAAAAUACAGUUUGUUGCGAAGGGCUAAACUCUA